AUGGCGGAAGCUAUACAAAGCCACCCCAAGGUCGUCGCCGAGGCGCACGGCGUAGACACAUUCCAUCCUCCCGAGAAGAUGCUCGCCAACCACCCCAGCAAGCCUCAUCUGGCCAACAUUGAGGAGUACCAGAAGCUCUAUGAAGAGUCCAUCACGGAUCCCACCUCCUUCUGGGGUCGCCAGGCGCGCCAGAUGCUGUCAUGGCAGCGCGACUUCCAGACUGUCCAAAGUGGCUCCCUCGCCAACGGCGACGUAUCCUGGUUUACCGAGGGCCAGCUCAACGCAUGCUACAACUUGGUCGACCGCCACGCGCACAAGGACCCGGACCGCGUCGCCAUCAUCUACGAGGCCGACGAGCCCGGUGACGGCCGCGAGCUGACCUAUGCUGAGCUCCUGCGCCAGGUCUCCAAGACCUCGUGGGUCCUCAAGCAGAUGGGCGUGCGCAAGGGCGACACCGUCGCCAUCUACCUGCCCAUGAUCCCCGAGGCCCUGAUCGCCAUCCUCGCCUGUAUCCGCAUCGGCGCCGUCCACUCGGUUGUCUUCGCCGGCUUCUCCGCCGACUCGCUGCGCGACCGCGUCGUCGACGGCCAGUCCAAGGUCGUCAUCACCACCGACGAGGGCAAGCGCGGCGGCAAGCUCAUUGGCACAAAGAAGAUUGUCGACGACGCCCUCAAGCAGUGCCCCGACGUCACCCACUGCCUCGUCUACAAGCGCACCGGCGCCGAGAUCCCCUGGACCGAGGGUCGCGACUGGUGGUGGCACGACGAGGUCGACAAGUGGCCCGCCUACUACCCCCCCGAGACCGUCAACGCCGAGGAUCCCCUCUUCCUCCUCUACACCUCGGGCUCGACGGGCAAGCCCAAGGGCGUCAUGCACACCACCGCCGGCUACCUGCUCGGCGCCGCCAUGACGGGCAAGUACGUCUUUGACCUGCACGACGGCGACCGCUACUUCUGCGGCGGUGACGUGGGCUGGAUCACCGGCCACACGUACGUCGUCUACGCGCCCCUCCUCCUCGGCGUCACCACCGUCGUCUUCGAGGGCACCCCUGCCUACCCCAACUUCUCCCGGUAUUGGGACAUUAUCGACAAGCACAAGGUGACCCAGUUCUACGUGGCGCCCACAGCGCUGCGUCUCCUCAAGCGGGCCGGCGACGAACACGUCAAGGCGGAGAUGAAGCACCUGCGCGUCCUGGGCUCCGUCGGCGAGCCCAUCGCCGCCGAGAUCUGGAAGUGGUACUUUGAGGUUGUCGGACGUGAGAAGGCUCACGUUGUCGAUACGUACUGGCAGACAGAGACGGGGUCCAACGUCAUCACACCCCUGGCGGGCGUGACGCCGACCAAGCCCGGGAGCGCCUCGAUGCCCUUCUUUGGCAUCGAGCCCGCCAUUGUCGACCCCGUGUCCGGCGAGGAGAUCAAGGGCAACGACGUCGAGGGCGUCCUUGCCUUCAAGCAGCCGUGGCCGAGCAUGGCCCGCACCGUGUACGGCUCGCACAAGCGAUACAUGGACACGUACCUGAACGUAUACAAGGGAUACUAUUUCACGGGUGACGGCGCCGGUCGUGACCACGAAGGCUUCUACUGGAUCCGCGGUCGCGUGGACGACGUGAUCAACGUGAGCGGCCACCGCCUGUCGACAGCCGAGAUCGAGGCAGCCCUCAUCGAGCAUCACGGCAUCGCCGAGGCGGCGGUGGUCGGCGUCGCGGACGAGCUGACGGGCCAGUCCAUCAGCGCCUUUGUCGCGCUCAAGGACGGGCACGAGACGAGCGAGCAGCUGCGCAAGGAGUUUGUGCUGCAGGUACGCAAGAGCAUCGGUCCGUUCGCGGCGCCCAAGACGGUGUACAUUGUGCCGGACCUGCCCAAGACGCGGAGUGGCAAGAUUAUGCGGCGCAUCCUGCGCAAGAUCUUGGCGGGCGAGGAGGAUCAGCUGGGCGACAUUACAACACUCUCGGAUCCCUCCAUUGUCGAGAAGAUUAUCAAUACCGUGCAUGCGUCAAAGAAGGCUUGA